CGCCUGUGGAGCGAGCCCACGUCUGCCGAGAGGGAUCGGACGUGGAGACCCGGAGAGCGCCCCGCGAGGGGCAGUGUCCGGCGAGGGUCAGCGCACAGUGGGGGGCCGCCAGGAUGAGCGUCCCUGACUACAUGCAGUGCGCCGAGGACCACCAGACGCUGCUGGUGGUGGUGCAGCCGGUGGGCGUCGUGUCGGAGGAGAACUUCUUCCGCGUGUACCGGCGCAUCUGUGCGGUGAGCCAGGUGAGCGUGCGGGACUCGCAGCGCGUGCUCUACAUCCGCUACCGCCACCACUACCCGCCGGGCAACAACGAGUGGGGCGACCUGCAGACGCACCGCAAGGUGGUGGGCCUGGUGACCGUCACCGACUGCGCGGCGCCCGGGGACUGGCCCCAGGCGCUCGAGCGCUUCCAGGCGCAGAAGGAGAUGUACGGGCCCACGCUGUACGACUCGCGCCUCUUCGUCUUCGGGCUGCCCGGCCACGUGGCCGAGCCCCCGCGCCCCGACGUGGCCUUCUACCCCAGCUACGACGCCUGCGACUCGGUGGAGAAGCGCAUCGAGGACUUCGUGGAGUCGCUCUUCAUCGUGCUGGAGUCCAAGCGCCUGGACCGCGCCACCGACAAGUCCGGGGACAAGAUCCCGCUGCUGUGCGUGCCCUUCGAGAAGAAGGACUUCGUGGGGCUGGACACGGACAGCAGUUCGAUGUUGGGUCUGAAAAGGCACUACAAGAAGCGCUGCCAGGGGCGCAUGCGGAAGCACGUGGGGGACCUGUGCCUGCAGGCCGGCAUGCUGCAGGACGCCCUGGUCCACUACCACAUGGCCGUGGAGCUGCUGCGCUCUGUCAACGACUUCCUGUGGCUCGGAGCGGCCCUGGAGGGCCUGUGCUCGGCAUCCGUCAUCUACCACUAUCCCGGGGGCACGGGCCGGCCCACCGGCGCUCGGAGGUCCCAGGGCGGCCUGCUGCCUGCCGAGGCCGCCAACAGACACCGUCCAGGGGCACAAGAGGUUCUCAUUGACCCAGGCGCCCUCACCACCAAUGGCAUCAACGCCGACACCAGCACCGAGAUCGGGCGCGCCAAGAACUGCCUGGGGCCGGAGGACAUCAUCGACAAGUACAAGGAGGCCAUCUCGUACUACAGCAAGUACAAGAAUGCGGGUGUCAUCGAGCUGGAGGCCUGCGUGAAGGCCGUGCGCGUCCUGGCCGUUCAGAAGCGCAGCAUGGAGGCGUCUGAGUUCCUGCAGAACGCCGUCUACAUCAACCUGCGCCAGCUGUCGGAGGAGGAGAAGAUCCAGCGCUACAGCAUCCUGGCGGAGCUGUACGAGCUCAUCGGCUUCCGCCGCAAGUCGGCCUUCUUCAAGCGCGUGGCCGCCAUGCAGUGCGUGGCCCCCAGCAUCGCCGAGCCCGGCUGGCGCGUCUGCUACAAGCUGCUGCUGGAGACGCUGCCCGGGUACAGCCUGUCGCUGGACCCCCAGGACUUCAGCCGAGGCGCGCACCGCGGCUGGGCGGCCGUGCAGAUGCGGCUCCUGCACGAGCUGGUCUACGCGUCCCGGCGCAUGGGCGACCCCGCGCUGGCCGUGCGGCACCUCUGCUUCCUGCUGCAGACCAUGCUGGACUUCCUGUCCGACCAGGAGAAGAAGGACGUGACCCAGAGCCUGGAGAGCUACACGUCCAAGUGUCCGGGCACCAUGGACCCCAUCCCGCUCCCAGACGGCCUCACCCUGCCCCCUGUGCCCUUCACCAAGCUGCCCAUCGUCAGGUGCGUGAAACUGCUGAGCCUCCCGGCCAGCCUGCGGCCCCAGAAGGUGAAGAGCCUGCUGGGCCCCGGCGUCAGCAGCAAGAGCCCCUUCAUCUACUCACCCAUCACCGCCCACAGCCGCGGCGAGGAGCGCAGCAAGAAGAUCGACUUCCAGUGGGUCCAGGGCGAUGUGUGCGAGGUGCAGCUGAUGGUCCACAACCCCAUGCCGUUUGAGCUCCGAGUGGAGAACAUGGGCCUGCUGACUAGCGGUGUGGAGUUUGAGUCGCUGCCUGCGGCUCUGUCCCUGCCUGCCGAGUCCGGCCUCUACCCAGUGACGCUCGUCGGAGUCCCCCAGACCACCGGGACCAUCACUGUGAACGGCUACCACACCACGGUCUUUGGCGUCUUCAGCGACUGUCUGCUGGAGAAUCUGCCGGGACUGAAGAGCAGUGGCUCCUCCGUGGAGGUCAUCCCCGCCCUGGCCAGGCUGCAGAUCAGCACGUCGCUGCCCAGGUCUGCGCACGCCCUGCAGCCGCCCGCGGGGGACGAGGUGACCGCCAACGUGUCUGUGCAGCUGUUCAACGGGGAGACGCAGGAGCUGGUCGUCAGGCUGGAGAACAUCGGUGUGCAGCCGCUGGAGACGCUGGAGGUCACCUCCAAACUCCUCAGCACCAAAGAGAAGCUGUCGGGGCCCCUCCUGAGCUGGAGGCUGGAAGAGACGCUGGCCCAGUUCCCCCUGCAGCCUGGUGAGGUGGCCACACUCACGGUCAACAUCCACGCCAAGCUGGACUUCUCCUGCCAGGAGAGCCUUCUCCAGGACCUGAGUGAUGAUGGCGUCAGCGUCACCGGCUUCCCCCUCAGCAGCCCGUCUCGCCAGGCGGUGCGGCCUCGAGCGGACAGCAAGGCGGCGGUGCCCGAGGGCAGCAGGCCUGGGGACCCGGGGCCCAACAAGACCCUGGAGGCCAUCCUGCACUUCAAGUACUCGGGCGGCCCGGGCCACGCCGAGGGCUUCUACAGAGACGUGUCCCUGGGGCUGCACGUGGACGUGGGGCCAUCCGUCUUCUUCACCCGCGCCAGCACCCUGCCGGCCACCAGCACCCGCCAGUGUCACCUGCUGCUGGACGUCUACAACGCCACAGAGCAGGAGCUCACGGUCAGCGCCUGCAGCGCCGACGAGCUGGUCCUGCAGGCCGGCAGCUGGCAGCGCAUGGCCAUCCGAGUGGAUAAGUUCACCUUCGAGAACCUGCCGGAGCCCCCCGGGGACGGGGCGGCGCUCGCCACCCCCAGGCGGCUGGAGGAGGAGCGGCAGGCGGCGCGGGGCCAAGAGCUCAGUAGCAAGUUGGGCCUGCGUUGGCGCAUCCCAUCCCUGAAGCGAGCGGGUGAGGCCAGCGUGGACGGCGCCCUCAGCCAGCUGGUCCUGGAGCAGCUGCAGCUGGCGCCCCUGCACUGGGACGUGCUAGUGGAUGGGAAGCCGUGUGACUGCGAGGCGGCGGCCUGCCGGGUGGGCGACCCCGUGUGCCUGGAGGUGCGGCUGACCAACCAGAGCCCGCGCUGCGUGGGGCCCUUCGCGCUGAGCGUGGUGCCCUUCCAGGACCACCAGAACGGCGUGCACAACUACGACCUGCGUCACGCCGUCUCCUUUGUGGGCUCCAGCACCUUCUACCUGGACGAGGUGCAGCCCGCCGGCCAGUCGGUCUGCCUGGGGGCUCUUCUCUUCCUCUACACGGGCGACUUCUUCCUGCACAUCCGCUUCCACGAGGGUGGUGCGAGCCAGGAGCUGCCACCCGCCUGGUUCUGCCUGCCCCGCGUGCACGUGCGCGCCCUGGACGUCCAUGCCUGAGCCGCGCCGCCCUCCUGGCUCCACCCCUGUGGGCAGCGGUCACCCCGAGGCCGGCCUGGGCUUUUGUUCCUGCCUCCGCAGCCGCUGCCGCCAUCCAGGCUGGUUCUCAACGGCCAGUGGGAGCCUCGGCCUUUGCCUCUGGGCCCUGGUCAGCUCUGGGCCAGCUCCGGCCUUCCUGCUGGCCCAUCCCUGGAACUCAGUGCUGUGACCAGCACGUCGCAACUCAUGACAGUUUUGCAAUAAAGCGCCUGGUUCCUCCUCCCAGA